CGAAAGCAAAUGUCCGCCAUGUGUUUCCUCAGAAGCAAGUCCGAUUACACGGAGUAGUGGAAUGCCUUAUCCUACUCAUAGAGCAAUGAACUGUUCGCAACUCUGUAGAUUUGCAGUGCCAUUUCUCCUCCUCUUCCUGCCUCCAGCCCAGGUCACUGCCUGCUGUGAGCGAAACGAGAGUUAACCUCCCCUUUGAAAUUCCUCCCUGCCCGACCCACUGGGCGGGAUUCAGGCGUUCAAAGCUGCAGCCGGCAGCGAGCAGGGGCGGCGUGGGUUACACAGCAUGGCAGACACGUUGGACGAGCCUUGGUGGGAGACACCUGAAGGAACCAACAUUAGUCCAGCUCUUUCAGAUAAUGAGGAAGAAUGUGCUAAUACAAGUGAAACAAUUCAUCAGCCUUCAAGUUCAACUCUUGUUUCUUCAAAGAAAAGGAAAAAGACUACAGAAUGCUUCCUCAAUGUUGAGAAAGAGAAAUUUAAGGAUGAAAAAGAAAUUGAAAUGAAGCCAAAGAGAAAAAGAAAGAAGAAAAUUUCUGAUCUUCUCACAGAAACUGUACCAAAGCCAGGUGUCCCAGCAGAUGUACAAAAAAUGCUCAAUGAACAUUUUGGAGCUAAGCGUUCUGUGAUUGAACUGGAAGAAUUAAAACUGCCAGAUUCCUGUUUCCUCCCUGCCAAUGAUCUCACCCACAGCUUUUCUUCCUACCUGAAAGAAAUCUGUCCUAAAUGGGCAAAGCUCCGUAAAAACCACACAGAGAAGUCAUCAGUGGUGAUGCUGGUAAUUUGCAGCUCUGCUCUCCGGUGUCUGGAACUCAUCAGAUCAAUGGCAACAUUCAAAGGAGAUGGGAAGGUUAUGAAAUUAUUUGCAAAACAUUUAAAGAUACAAGAACAAAUGCAAAUACUGGAAAAAGAUGUUGUUCAUGUGGGAGUUGGGACACCUGGAAGGAUAAAAGCACUAAUACAACAAGAAGGCCUUAAGCUGACUUCCUUGAAAUAUUUUAUCUUAGACUGGAACCAUAGGGAUCAGAAGUUAAGAAGAUUAAUUGACAUCCCAGAGGAACCAGAAGUCCAAGAGUACACUCAGAUCACAGACAUGUCUCUUCAGUGGUAGCCCUUCCUUCCAAGAUACAUCACUCAAAGGAUCUUCUUCGUCCAGACCAUCACUUACCCAUCUUUUCCCAUCCAGACUCAGUCUCCUGUCACUGGGACAAGACCUAACAACUUCACAAACACAACCUGGGAUAGAGCAUUUAGCUGACUAGGGUGACACACUUUUCUCAUAUUUUUUUUUAAAUGAGCAGCAAAGUAUGGCAGUAACCCCACUAGAAAUUGGUUUGAGUUAACUUCUUUAGUGAUAAUACGUAAUUGUUACUCACCCCGUUAAAAUUAGAAAAGAUUUUCUAAAACUUCAAACAAGUAUAUUAAAUUUUCUUUGUAAACAAAUUCAAGAAUUUUUACAGAAAAUUUUAAUUAAUGUUGUAGUUAAGCUAC